UCAAGUCAGUAUAUAACAUAGCAGGGAUUUAUAUCCAAUGCACAGCAUGAGGGAGUCAGUGGAUAAAAGAUUACUAAGAGGAGCGUGGUUAAGUAUCAAGGGCAGGGGGAUUCUUGCUGAACUAGGGUCUGCAGAUCAAGGACCAGCCAUGGUCAACAGGAGUGCUCACAGGAGCCUGUCUACAGUUUGGUCGACGGAGUCCUUAGCUGACGCUCGCGGAAGCCCCCGGAGAGCGGCUCAGCGGGAAGGCCGUUUUGGCUAGGUCCGUUUUGGCUAGCUCCACGCCUCGGGGAAAUUGGGAUAUCCAGGCGACAGCUUUCCAGAAACCUGUCGCAUUCGUACUACAUCUCCCAGAGGCCUCUAGGCUCAGUGCUCCCUCCCGCGAGAACUGGACCGUCUCCUGAGCAGUGGGCGGGAUCUUCUGGCGGGUUGGAGCAAACGGCCCCAGGGCGCUGCGGGAGCUCCUGCGUUCGACUUGUUCCAAGUAGAGUAGAGAGGUACUACCUGUACCGAAGGAGGCGUAGCUCUGCUUUGCUUGCACAGACGCUUCCAGAGUGGAGGAAAGAAUGGCUGUUGAAAAUCCACAAGGCUCCUGCAAGACUGUGAAUCAAGGUUGAGACCAAGAAAUUAUUUCUGAAAAAGGAUAUUUAUGGAGUAGAAUCAUCCUGAUGAGAGAUAAUGGAAAGACUUUUAAAAAACAGCAUUGAGUGUUCAAGUUUCAGAGGUGAUUGGGAAUGUAAAAGCCAGUUUGAGAGAAAACAGGAAUCUCAGGAAGGACAUUUCAGUCAAAUGAUAUUUACUUCUGAAGACAUGCCCACUUUCAAUAACCAGCAUCAGAGAAUACAUACUGAUGAGAAACUCCUUGAAUGUAAGGAAUGUGGGAAGGAUUUUAGUUUUGUAUCAGUCCUUAUUCGACAUCAGCGAAUUCAUACUGGUGAGAAACCUUAUGAAUGUAAAGAAUGUGGCAAGGCCUUUGGUAGUGGUGCAAACCUUGCUUACCAUCAAAGAAUUCAUACUGGUGAGAAACCUUAUGAAUGUAGUGAAUGUGGAAAGGCCUUUGGUAGUGGCUCAAACCUUACCCAUCAUCAGAGAAUUCAUACUGGUGAGAAACCAUAUGAAUGUAAAGAAUGCGGGAAAGCCUUUAGUUUUGGAUCAGGCCUAAUUCGACAUCAGAUAAUUCACAGUGGUGAAAAGCCCUAUGAGUGUAAGGAAUGUGGGAAGUCCUUUAGUUUUGAAUCAGCCCUUACUCGGCAUCACAGAAUUCACACAGGUGAGAAACCUUAUGAAUGUAAGGACUGUGGAAAGGCCUUUGGCAGUGGUUCAAACCUUACUCAACAUCGAAGGAUUCAUACUGGUGAGAAACCUUAUGAAUGUAAAGCAUGUGGAAUGGCCUUUAGUAGUGGUUCAGCCCUUACUCGGCAUCAGAGAAUUCAUACUGGUGAAAAACCAUAUAUAUGUAAUGAAUGUGGGAAGGCUUUUAGUUUUGGAUCAGCCCUUACUCGACAUCAAAGAAUUCACACUGGUGAGAAGCCUUAUGUAUGUAAGGAAUGUGGGAAGGCUUUUAAUAGUGGCUCAGAUCUCACUCAACAUCAAAGAAUUCACACUGGUGAGAAACCCUAUGAGUGUAAGGAAUGUGAGAAGGCCUUUAGAAGUGGUUCAAAACUUAUUCAGCAUCAAAGAAUGCACACUGGUGAGAAGCCCUAUGAGUGUAAGGAAUGUGGGAAAGCCUUUAGUAGUGGUUCAGACCUUACUCAACAUCAGAGAAUUCAUACUGGUGAGAAACCUUAUGAAUGUAAAGAAUGUGGCAAGGCCUUUGGUAGUGGCUCAAAACUUAUCCAACACCAGCUAAUUCACACUGGUGAAAAACCCUAUGAAUGUAAAGAAUGUGGAAAGUCCUUCAGUAGUGGUUCAGCUCUUAAUCGGCACCAGAGAAUACACACUGGUGAAAAACCUUAUGAAUGUAAGAAAUGUGGGAAGAAUUUUGGUACAGGCUCAAGCCUUACUCAACAUCAGAAAAUUCAUACUGGUGAGAAACUUUAUGAAUGUAAGGAAUGUGGAAAGGCUUUUGGGAGAGGUUCAGAGAUUCAGCAACAUAAAAAAUGUCAUACUGGGAUAAUUCAUCUUGAUAAAGAAAAAUAUGAGAUUGUAAUGUGUGAGAAGGCAAAAUUCAUACUGAGGACUCAAGCAGGAAGUUCAACACAAGCCACUGGGAAAGCCUUGCCCAAGGAACCUCCAUCUGGCUUGCAGGCACCCCUAAAGCCCCAAAUGUUAAACCCACAGCUCCCCCAAUCCUUCAGCUCCCAAGGAUUUGUGAUAUUCAGGGAUGUGUGUAUCGACUUUUGUCAGGAAGAGUGGGAAUGCCUGGACUCGACUCAAAGGAAUUUGUACAAAUAUGUAAUGUUGGAAAAUUAUAGCAACCUGGUCUCAGUUGGACUUUGCAUUCCCAAGCCAGAUGUGAUUUCUUUACUGGAGCAAGGGAAGGAGCCUUGGAGUGUUUUUGACAGUGAGCUGACAAGGGACCCGUACCUAGAAGAGGAAACUGAGACACAGAGACUUGAAGUAACUUGUCCAAGGUCAACAACUAAAUAUAAAUCUAGGUGUGAGAGCAAGAAAUUAUCUCUGAAAAAGGAUAACUAUAAAAUAAAUUCAUCUCAAUGGGUUAUAAUGGAAGGAUUUACUAAGCAUGGACUUAAACAAGGAUCUCAGGAAAAACAUUUUGGCCAAGUCUCGUGUACCUCUGAAGACAUGUCCCCUUUCAUUCAGCAUACAUCUCUCUCUCUACAUCAAACAUUUAAUACCAAAGAGAAAUCUUAUGAAUGCAAAAAAUAUAAGAAUGCCUAUGAACAGGACUCAAAACUUACUACACAUCAAGAAAGUCAUACAGCCAAGAAAUUUUAUGACUAUAAGGAAUAUGGGAGGGCCUUUGGUAGAACUUCAAAACUUAGUUCACAUCAUACAGUGCAUAUUGGUGUGAGAUCCUAUGAACGUGAGGAAUGUAUGAAGUCUUUGAAUAGUGGCCCACACUUAAUACAACAUCAGAUAAUUUUUACUAAGAAGAAAUCUAAUGAAUUUAAAGAAAGUGGGAAGGCCUUUACUAAUGCUUCACAGUUUUUUCUACAUCAUAGCAUUCAUACAAGUGAGGAACCCUUUCAAUGUAAGUACUGUGUUAGACAAUUUAAUAAUGGUACAGCCUUUAUUCGCCAUCAGAGAAUUCACACUGGUGAAAAACCCUAUGAGUGUAAUGAAUGUGGAAAGGCUUUUAGUACAAGUUCAAUAUUUAGAGUACAUCAAAGGAUUCACACAGGUGAGAAACCCAAUGAAUGUAAAGAAUGUGGAAAAGCCUUUCGUCAUUCCUCAUACCUUACUCAACACCAAAGAAUUCAUACUGGUGAGAAACCUUACAAAUGUAAGUAUUGUGUUAGGGCAUUUAGUAAUGUUUCGGCCUUUAUUCGGCAUCAGAGGAUUCAUACCGGUGAGAAACCCUACAAAUGUAAGGAAUGUGGAAGAGCUUUUAGUACUGGCUCAAUACUUACAGCACAUCAGAGAAUUCACUCAGGCGAGAAACCAUAUUUAUGUAAGGAAUGUGGAAAAGCCUUUCGUCAGUCUUCAGAUCUUACUCAACAUCAGAGGAUUCAUACUGGUGAGAAACCCUACAAAUGUAAGGAAUGUGGAAGGGCCUUUCGUCGUUCAUCAGAACUUUCUCGACACAAGUUAAUUCAUGCUGAUGAGAAGCUAUAUGAAUGUAAAGAAUGUGGAAAGAUCUUGAGUAGGGACUCAAUACUUAUACAACAUCAGAAAAUUCACACAGGUGAGAAAGCCUGGGAAUGUAAUGAAUGUGGGAAAGUUUUUACUUGUGCAACAUACCUGGCCCGGCAUCAGCGAAUCCAUACUGGUGAUAAGCCAUACACUUGUAACAAAUGUGGGAAAGCUUUUCUUCGUUCUUCAGACCUUAUUCUGCAUCAAAGGAUUCAUACUGGUGAGAAACCCUAUGAGUGUAAGAAAUGUGGGAAGGCUUUUGCAAGAGGUUCAAAUCUUAAUCGCCAUCAAAAAGUUCAUAAUAGUAAGAAAUAGUAUAAAGGAAGCUUUGUAUUUAAGCAUAUCUUUUAGGUAACAUGGCAUGGAAGAUAAACCCUAGAAACAUAAUAGGAGAAAUUCUAAGAAUUUAUUGGUGAGAAAAUGUAGAAAUAUAAUUGAUAUGAGAAUGACUUAUGUGUUUCACAGUUUAACUACCAUAAGAAUAAAAUGAAUAUUGGAAGGCCUCUAUCAACAACUCAUUCCUUUCUAAGUUUUAAAAACUUUGUUGUUUAUUUUAAUUUUUUUUUAAUGUUUGUUUAUUUUUGAUAGAGAGGGACAGAGACAGAACAUGAGCAGGG